UCUUUCUCUCACUCCCCAACCGACAUGCAGCUGAAAUCCUUCAAGAGACCCUUUUUUCUAUAAAUAAGACGACGAGCCAUCCAGCGGAUAUGCUGGUUUGCCACGCACCCCUUUGCAGAUCCUUUGCUUUUCACAAAAGCACACGCCAACAGGCGCCAGUAUUAUUGCGUCCGUAGCUGGAACAACUGGAACAACGCAGCAACAGCAGCUGCCAGCCUUUUAAAAAAAAACCAUCCGCCAGCACUCACACACUCAACCAAAACAACAAAAAAUAUGGCUUCCAUCGGCCGUUGAAGACAAGGACAACAAGUUGAGAUAGUUUCUUCUGUGUAUCUCAGAGAAAGAGAGGUGCAACGCCCAUAUUUCAUUUGUGGCCGUGAACAAAACAUGGCACAAAGGUUCAGUCUCGGCAACGAUGACAUGCCACCAGUGGUUCCCGGUCGAAGUCGUUCGCCGUCCUACGUCCGAAGUGUAUCCGCUUCCCAAGUGCCGACCAUGUCCUCGUCGUCGUCACAGAACAACAACAAACCGCCGCCCGUUCCAAGAAACUCGCUCAUACGUAGUAAAAGUGCUCAACUCUACCAACAACAACAACAGGGUAUUCAAGUAAUGACGUCAUUGCCGUCAGCUCCGUUCGUAAAGGUCAACCACCACGAUCCGUCCGCUGGAGGCAACAACCACCAAAACAACAACAACAACAACAACAAAGAACACCGACAGAAUUCUGUCCACGCAACGACUCCCGCAGACGUCGAACCGAUUUUAUUAUCCAAGAGUUUCACCUUCGAAUCACCAAAUGGCGUCCGUCGCAAAAUUCCCGUAACGCCCGUCCUCUCCACCGGACCCAAAAAAUCCAAUCAACAUCACGACACUCUUCAUUAUCGACACGGAACUUUGGUAUUUCCAUCGGACAUUGUUGUCCAGCCAUCGGCAAAGGCCAUUGACUCGUCCAGCCUUUUAACUUCCGUAUUGAACUCGCCAAGUCAAAGUCCGUCGGAGGCGGUGAUGAGUCCGGCCGCCAGCAGCCCACCGAUAAUCCAGUUCAGCCAUCCAGCAGCGAUUUUCAAUCAGUUCGUCGUGUCGCUCGUCGAUCACAGCGUUUUGAAGUUGUGCCAAGAUGGUGACGCUGGCGCCUUGUCCCGAUACCUCAGCCUCCACCACGACAAAGUUUCAGCCAGAAAUUUAAAUGCCACAGAUCAAACGGGAAAAUCAGGUUUGUUGCAUGCGGCAAUGACAGGAAAUGUGGCCAUCGCCCGUCUUUUAAUCAAAUUACCUGGCCUUGAAGUCAAUUUGGCUGAUAACGAGGGUAACACUGCCCUUCACCUGGCCUCACAAGCAGGUCACGCAGAUGUCGUUAGUCUACUGACAUUGUGUCCAAAUUUAUCCAUCGACAUACGUAACAACGCCGGCCUUACUGCUUUAAUGAAAGCUGCUUUGCAAGGCCGAGUUCGAUGCACUCGGCUGCUUCUAUUGGCCGGAGCUUCGCCCGUCCUAAGAGAUUUCGGCCGGGGAUUAUGUUCGGUGGAAUGGGCCCGUCUGACGGGCCGUACUAAAUGCGCUGAAAUUAUCGACAAGUACAUGGACAAGAUGCAAUUGAAUCCCGGACUGGGAUUGAAAACGUUUCAUCACGGUGGAGUUGUAGCCUCUUCUGAGCCAAGCCUCCAGCAAUUCUCUAAACGCUCAUCGCUCGUCCUCCUCCCAUCGGGCAAAACCAAAGACUCUUGGGUUAAAAAUACGCUGAAAAAAGCCAUUCGAAUUGUAAGCGGUGGAGGAUCGGAUCAAAAUGGAAACAGUAAAGGAUCGACGUUUAGCAUUGCGUCUCAAUUGACGGGCAGUGGAGUCAUGGGCGCCAGUGUUUUAUUGCCCGGCGAUCCGUCUCGAAGAUCUUCCAUGCCCGUCUUGCCUACAAAUAACUCGGGCGGAGCUGCUGGUUUUGUUGCCGAACUGUUUGAUCGACAUCGUUCACAAGGUCGUUCGCAAUCGCAUCAUCCGCCGACCUCUUUCAACGUGCCCAGGAUUCAAGUCUCUUACUGGAACAAUACGGUAGGAGGCAACAUCCCUCCACCACCGUCCAGCACACCGAAAAUUAUACCGGGCGAAAUGAGACCGCAAACGAGUAGCCGCAACCGGCAAUGUUCAAAGAGUUCAACUCGAUCCUGAAAUGUUUUUAAUGGGAAGGUAAAUCUUGAAAAUUGAAAAACAGAUGAUUGCGAGUAAAAUGUGUUGAAAAUAUGUAAUGUGAUGGAUGUCCAUAAACCAAAACAAAACGACAAA